AUGCUCUACCAUGACCAAUUCUGCCGUUUUAUGCAGGAGGGGUGCAGCAAUGUGACCGAAUCAUGUACACCAAAGCGUGCAUGCUGUCUCAUUGACAGGACGGUGGCGAAACGGCUGCGAACCCAUCUAUCGCAACUUCUUGACAGCGACAAGUGCUGCAGGUGUGCCGACAACAAGCAAUGCGGCGCAUCAGAUGGUCUGAGACACGCUGAGCACGUGUGUGCAAACAAAUGCCAGGUCAACGUAUACAACGGCGAUGUGGUCCACAAGAAACGCAUAUACCACAUCAAGGAACUCGCGCUCAAGACUUCAGUAGAAGUCGACCCAGCCUCCAUACGCGUGCUAAAUAGGACUGAUGGCUUCUGUGAUACAGGGAAAUACGAACUGGCCAUUCUCGAGGAGGACCUUUUUUAUUUGGAUGCCUGCCUAUCUCUCGGUAGCACACUGGUACAGGCGGCCAUAAGCAACUACAGCAAUAUAUCAGUCGAGAUGAAGCCAAAAUGUGGGAUUCUCAACUUCAACGGAGUGCCCAGCCUGUUCCAACUGUGCCAGCCGUACAAGGCGCGCAUCAGGUACCAGAAUAUCGUGCCAACAAAAGCAACGCUGAAGAAUGGGCAUAUUUCGGGAAUUGAACGAAAUAGACAUGCGAAAUCGAUGUAUUCGCCGAUCAAAUUCUUCAGUAUGAAACUGGAGGAUGUCGCCAGGGAGCUGCAACUUUUGGCACUGACGCCGCAAAAUAACAUACGCGUCUUCGUCAACAGCGUCGAGGUCGAUCCGGCAAUUUUAUUGACGAAUAGCCACGCGCUAAACAGCGUAGCGCGAUGUUUGGUGGAAAAUAAAAUGACUAUGGCGCGAAUACUCAAGCUGCAGGCGCUGGCAUCAGGACAGCAGUUUGUAGCCAACGUGAUAUAUUCGCUCACAGGCUUGGUGACACGCCUGGCGGGGAAAAAGAAUUCAGUGAGGCGGAAAUAUGCGGGCGGAAUAAAAACCAGCACUAUCACCAAUAACCUUAUGCUCACGUCAAAGGAGCUCCUGGGGAGCAUAUUCUGCAACCACGACGACGCUUACAAGAUCCAGAAGAUGUUUAACCUCAUCGGACGCGGGCUUAUAUGCUCAUUGUGCAAUAUGCUAAAGACGCUGUUAUCAAAAUCGCAUGUGUCGGUACCUUGUGCACGUAGAAAUCUCUCUGUUGACAGAUUUAACGUGGCACGGUGCGGAAGGGGUGGCGUCACACGACCCUACGACACUCACAAGCUGAACCGAACUCUUGCGGUACAGUCGCAAGGCAGACUUUUCAAGAGACACAGUUGCAAGGACCAAGCAGUCCCCUUGGUGACCUUCAACGAGCUAGAAUGGAUGCUGCGAACAAUUGAUCGCUCAACAAACCCGGUGAUGGCAACUAGCCACACAUAUAUCGCAACACAAAAAGAUCACGAGGUGCAGGGGACCGAAGGAUGCAACCUCGCCUUAUCAAAUCAAAAAGGGGUUACUUCGGAACCCAAUGUGGACGACCGAUUGGCCAAGAAGUGCGCCAUGCUGCUUGAAGCAGCCGGCAGGUGGAUUGAAUUGUACCUAGGCGGCAGGACUUCUAUGGACCUGUCGGUAGUACUCAACGUGCUGUUUGAGUGUAAUGGGGGGGACGGCAGAAAGGGGCCGAAUUUUUUCAGGUUCUCCCUCAUUGACCUGGACCUCAAACCCGCGCAUCGCAUACCCCGUUGGAAGGACGAUAUAUGCUUUUUAAUGGGUAUGUGA